AUGCAGAGGGCGAUCGAGGCGGAGGAAGGACUGGGCAUCGAGUACGACGAGGACGUGGUGUGUGACGUGUGCCGCAGCCCGGAGGGCGAGGACGGCAACGAGAUGGUGUUCUGCGACAAGUGCAACGUCUGCGUUCACCAGGUACCGCCCGCAAGACGGGAUGGGGGGCUCUGUGCGCCAGGUACCGCCCGCAAGACGGGAUGGGGGGCUCUGUGCGCCAGGUACCGCCCGCAAGACGGGAUGGUGGGCUCUGUGCGCCAGGUACCGCCCGCAAGACGGGAUGGGGGGCUCUGUGCGCCAGGUACCGCCCGCAAGACGGGAUGGUGGGCUCUGUGCGCCAGGUACCGCCCGCAAGACGGGAUGGGGGGCUCUGUGCGCCAGGUACCGCCCGCAAGACGGGAUGGUGGGCUCUGUGCACCAGGUACCGCCCGCAAGACGGGAUGGUGGGCUCUGUGCACCAGGUACCGCCUGCAAGACGGGAUGGUGGGCUCUGUGCACCAGGUACCGCCCGCAAGAGGGGAUGGUGGGCCCUGUGCACCAGGUACCGCCCGCAAGAGGGGAUGGUGGGCCCUGUGCACCAAGUACCGCCCGCAAGACGGGAUGGUGGGCUCUGUGCACCAGGUACCGCCCGCAAGAGGGGAUGGUGGGCCCUGUGCACCAAGUACCGCCCGCAAGACGGGAUGGUGGGCUCUGUGCACCAGGUACCGCCCGCAAGAGGGGAUGGUGGGCUCUGUGCGCCAGGUACCGCCCGCAAGACGGGAUGGUGGGCUCUGUGCACCAGGUACCGCCCGCAAGACGGGAUGGUGGGCUCUGUGCACCAGGUACCGCCUGCAAGACGGGAUGGUGGGCUCUGUGCACCAGGUACCGCCCGCAAGAGGGGAUGGUGGGCCCUGUGCACCAGGUACCGCCCGCAAGAGGGGAUGGUGGGCCCUGUGCACCAAGUACCGCCCGCAAGACGGGAUGGUGGGCUCUGUGCACCAGGUACCGCCCGCAAGAGGGGAUGGUGGGCCCUGUGCACCAAGUACCGCCCGCAAGACGGGAUGGUGGGCUCUGUGCACCAGGUACCGCCCGCAAAAGGGGAUGGUGGGCUCUGUGCACCAGGUACCGCCCGCAAGACGGGAUGGGGGGCUCUGUGCGCCAGGUACCGCCCGCAAGACAGGAUGGGGGGCUCUGUGCGCCAGGUACCGCCCGCAAGACGGGAUGGUGGGCUCUGUGCACCAGGUACCGCCCGCAAGACGGGAUGGUGGGCUCUGUGCGCCAGGUACCGCCCGCAAGACGGGAUGGUGGGCUCUGUGCACCAGGUACCGCCCGCAAGACGGGAUGGUGGGCUCUGUGCGCCAGGUACCGCCCGCAAGAGGGGAUGGUGGGCCCUGUGCACCAGGUACCGCCUGCAAGACGGGAUGGUGGGCUCUGUGCACCAGGUACCGCCCGCAAGACGGGAUGGUGGGCUCUGUGCACCAGGUACCGCCCGCAAGACGGGAUGGUGGGCCCUGUGCACCAAGUACCGCCCGCAAGACGGGAUGGUGGGCUCUGUGCUCCAGGUACCGCCCGCAAGAGGGGAUGGUGGGCCCUGUGCACCAGGUACCGCCUGCAAGACGGGAUGGUGGGCUCUGUGCACCAGGUACCGCCCGCAAGAGGGGAUGGUGGGCCCUGUGCACCAGGUACCGCCCGCAAGAGGGGAUGGUGGGCCCUAUGCACCAAGUACCGCCCGCAAGACGGGAUGGUGGGCUCUGUGCACCAGGUACCGCCCGCAAGAGGGGAUGGUGGGCCCUGUGCACCAAGUACCGCCCGCAAGACGGGAUGGUGGGCUCUGUGCACCAGGUACCGCCCGCAAGAGGGGAUGGUGGGCCCUGUGCACCAAGUACCGCCCGCAAGACGGGAUGGUGGGCUCUGUGCACCAGGUACCGCCCGCAAGACGGGAUGGGGGGCUCUGUGCGCCAGGUACCGCCCGCAAGACGGGAUGGGGGGCUCUGUGCGCCAGGUACCGCCCGCAAGACGGGAUGGUGGGCUCUGUGCACCAGGUACCGCCCGCAAGACGGUAUGGUGGGCUCUGUGCGCCAGGUACCGCCCGCAAGACGGGAUGGUGGGCUCUGUGCACCAGGUACCGCCCGCAAGACGGGAUGGUGGGCUCUGUGCGCCAGGUACCGCCCGCAAGAGGGAAUGGUGUGGGCCCUGUGCACCAGGUACCGCCUGCAAGACGGGAUGGUGGGCUCUGUGCACCAGGUACCGCCCUCAAGACGGGAUGGUGGGCUCUGUGCACCAGGUACCGCCCGCAAGAGGGGAUGGUGGGCCCUGUGCACCAAGUACCGCCCGCAAGACGGGAUGGUGGGCUCUGUGCACCAGGUACCGCCCGCAAGAGGGGAUGGUGGGCUCUGUGCACAGGUACCGCCCGCAAGACGGGAUGGUGGGCCCUGUGCGCCAGGUACCGCCCGCAAGACGGGAUGGUGGGCCCUGUGCGCCAGGUACCGCCCGCAAGACGGGAUGGUGGGCUCUGUGCGCCAGGUACCGCCCGCAAGACGGGAUGGUGGGCUCUGUGCACCAGGUACCGCCCGCAAGAGGGGAUGGUGGGCCCUGUGCACCAGGUACCGCCCGCAAGACGGGAUGGUGGGCUCUGUGCGCCAGGUACCGCCCGCAAGACGGGAUGGUGGGCUCUGUGCGCCAGGUACCGCCCGCAAGACGGGAUGGUGGGCUCUGUGCACCAGGUACCGCCCGCAAGAGGGGAUGGUGGGCCCUGUGCGCCAGGUACCGCCCGCAAGACGGGAUGGUGGGCCCUGUGCGCCAGGUACCGCCCGCAAGAGGGGAUGGUGGGCCCUGUGCGCCAGGUACCGCCCGCAAGACGGGAUGGUGGGCUCUGUGCGCCAGGUACCACCCGCAAGACGGGAUGGUGGGCUCUGUGCACCAGGUACCGCCCGCAAGAGGGGAUGGUGGGCCCUGUGCACCAGGUACCGCCCGCAAGACGGGAUGGUGGGCUCUGUGCGCCAGGUACCGCCCGCAAGACGGGAUGGUGGGCUCUGUGCGCCAGGUACCGCCCGCAAGACGGGAUGGUGGGCUCUGUGCGCCAGUGUUACUCCUGUAUCUCCUGGUCCUCUCUCAGACCUGUCUCCUCCUCAGACCUCCUCUGUCUCCUCCUCACACCUCCUCUGUCUCCUCCUUGGUCUCCUCACACCUCCUCUGUCUCCUCCUCAGGCGUGUUAUGGUAUCCUGAAGGUACCGCAGGGUAACUGGCUGUGUCGUACCUGUGCUCUGGGAGUUCAGCCCAAGUGUCUGCUGUGUCCCAAACGAGGAGGAGCCCUGAAGCCCACACGCAGCGGCACCAAGUGGGUCCACGUCAGCUGUGCCCUGUGGGUCCCAGAGGUGAGUAUCGGGUGUCCAGAGAAAAUGGAGCCAAUCACAAAAGUGUCCCACAUCCCGUCGAGUCGCUGGGCCCUGAGCUGCACGCUGUGUCGAGAGCACACAGGGACCUGCAUACAGUGCUCCACGCCAUCCUGUAUCGUGGCCUUCCAUGUGACCUGUGCGUUCGACCACGGUCUGGAGAUGAAGACCAUCCUGGCGGAGAACGACGAGGUCCGCUUCAAGUCCUUCUGCCUGGACCACAGCAGCGGCCACAGCAGCGGCCACAGCAGCGGCCACAGCAGCGGCCACAGCAGCGGCCACAGCAGCGCACAGGCCUCGUCAGCCCACGCCUCCGUCCACCAGAGCCUCACGGGGGACUCGGGCUCUCAGGGGUCAGACCCGGGGGACGCCAGCCUUCACGCCCAGCCGGGACUGGUCAUCCACCACACCGUCCCUGCGGUCAACGGGACACGCACCAAGACUCACACAAACGGCCUGAGCCUCCAGAGCAGCGCACCGCCCCUCCACACCAACGGGGGCAGCAGUGAGCCGGAGCAGAGGCUGGAGCGCCUGGACAGAGAACAGCUGGAGAGGGAGAAGGUGAGCCAGAGGAAGCAGAAGCUGCAGGAGCUGGAGGACGAGUUCUACCGACUGGUCGACCCCAAAGACGUGUCCCAGAACCUGGGCCUGCCCCUCACUCAGGUGGACUUCAUCUAUGACUUCUGGAAGCUGAAGAGAAAGACCAACUCCAAUCGUCCGUUGGUGUCUUUGAACCGGGACGAGGUGGACGACCUGAGCCAGCAGGAGCAGGACGUGCUGUACCGAAGACUACAGCUCUUCACCCACCUGAGGCAGGACCUGGAGAGGGUGCGUACCCUGUGCUACAUGGUGUCGAGGAGAGAGCGCAUGAAGAACUCUCUGUGUGACCUCCAGGAGAAGAUCUGUGACCUUCAGAUCCAGCUGCUCUCAGAGCAAAGCCCUAGAGCAGAGCAAAGCCCCAGAGCAGAACUGAAGCCGAACGGAGCCAAGGAGCGAAGGAGGGAGCGAGGGAAGAGCAGCGCCACCAAGAAGGAGCGCUGGAGCGAGGACGGGCUGCUCCAAGACAUGGGGCUGCCUCGCUCCUUCCCGCUGCAGAGCUCGCUCUUCGACAGCUGGUUGGCUCAGUCCGUCCACAUCACUGCGGACCACAUGUUGGGAACCUGGGCCCUGGGACCGCACCAAGAGAAGAGCGCCACCCUGCUGUCAGACCAGUUUAUUGACAGUAUGUGGCUCCGAUCAUACAUGAGGAAAGGACUGGUCUGUCAGGAGUAA